CAAGGGAAAAUAUUCAAAGCAAUACAUACCUCAGGCAGGCACAGCUCAUCCCAGCUGACCCAGACCCAGCUGCAAGAUCAGGCUCUGAAAGCUUGUGCAAUAUCUUUCACGGUCAAGAUGCCCUGAGAGCUGUAUAAGGAAUAUUCUGGCAGGAGCAGAAUUCAAUGUCAUCCCUACAGUUAGGAGCACUUUUCAAUCUUCUGGGCUGUUCUUACAGCUGUGUCUAUAAAAGAGUUCUCUGCCCAAUCCCACCAGAGAGAGUGGCUGCCUGGGGCUUGGCUGCUGGUGGGGGUUAAACCACUGCAACCUGUCAGAGAGGAGGUGGAUGCCCCAUCCCUGGAAACAUCAAGACCAGGCUGGACAAGCCUCUAAGCAACCUGCUCUAGUUGAAGGUUCCCUGCUCACUGCUGGGGAUUGGAACCAUACGGCCUUUAAAAGUCCCUCCCAGUCCAAGCCAUUCUGAUUCCAUGAUUCAGCUCACAUUAAAUUUCCUAUUGACUAUCCAUAUUCACCACCUACCUUCAGAUUCCUGACCAAAAUGUGGCACCCCAACAUUUACGAGAAUGGAGAUGUAUGUAUUUCAAUUCUUCACCCACCUGUAGAUGACCCACAAAGUGGAGAGCUGCCAUCAGAAAGGUGGAACCCUACCCAAAAUGUCAGGACUAUCUUACUGAGCGUAAUCUCUUUGCUUAACGAGCCCAACACGUUCUCCCCAGCCAAUGUGGAUGCAUCAGUCAUGUUCAGGAAAUGGAGGGACAGUAAAGGAAAAGACAAGGAGUAUGCCGAAAUCAUAAGGAAACAGGUUUUGGCUACCAAAGCUGAGGCAGAGAAGGAUGGUGUGAAGGUCCCCACUACACUGGCAGAGUACUGCAUCAAAACUAAAGUGCCUUCCAAUGACAACAGUUCAGAUUUGCUUUACGACGACUUGUACGAUGACGACAUUGACGAUGAGGAUGAGGAGGAGGAGGAUGCCGACUGUUACGAUGAUGAUGAUUCUGGCAACGAGGAGUCGUGACCUGCUCCCUCUAUGCCCCUGUACUG